GCCGAUUUCGUUACGCGACGAAACUCCGAAGGGGAAUAAAAAAAAUACGCGACCGAAACCCUAACGGAAGCCACUUCAGUCUCCUCUCUCGCGAAAUGGGAGACGAGGGAUCGCCGCCGUCGUACACCGUCGACGAUGCGCUGGGAUCGACGGGGUUCGGGAAGUUCCAGGCCCUGGCGCUCGCUUACUCGGGCGUCGGGUACGCCGCCGAGGCGAUGGAGGUGAUGCUGCUCUCUUUCAUCGGGGGCCCACUUCGGGAGGAGUGGGGCCUCACUUCGGGCCAAGAAAGCCUGAUCACCAGCGUCGUUUUCGUCGGGAUGAUGGUGGGCGCCUCCUCCUGGGGCGUCGUUUCCGAUAACUACGGAAGAAGGAAAGGGUUCCUUUUUACAGCCCUUGUUACUUGUGGUGCUGGGUUUCUCGGUGCUUUUGCUCCCAAUUAUAUCUCCUUCGUUGUUCUUCGUUUCAUGGUUGGUAUUGGGCUUGGAGGUGGGUCAGUGCUUUUAUCUUGGUUUCUGGAGUUUGUUCCUACGAACAAUAGAGGUACCUGGAUGAUUGUUUUUACAUGUUUUUGGAGUGUUGGCACGGUAUUGGAGGCUUCGCUUGCAUGGGCUGUCAUGCCAAGAUUAGGCUGGAGGUGGCUACUGGCAUUAUCUGCUUUACCAUCAUUUCUUUUGCUUCUAUUUUAUGGUGUUGCUCCUGAGUCUCCAAGAUAUUUAUGCAUGAAAGGCAGAACCGAUGAAGCAGUGGAUAUUCUACAGAGAGUGGCAAGAGUAAACCACAAGCCACUACCUUACGGUAAGCUUGUUUCUGAGUGCAAAGUGGAGCUCGACGAGAAACUCAAUCCUUCAGAAUGUGCACAUUUAAUCCCUGUUCAGAAUAAUAAGACUGCUAAUGAGGAUGCCAAAUCUAAAACCAGAGGCAUCCGUGCAUUGCGUAGUAUUCUAUCACCUCCAUUAAUCAGAUCAACCCUUCUUCUUUGGAUGGAUUUCUUUGGAAAUGUGUUUGCAUAUUAUGGUGUUUCGUUGCUGACCACCGAGUUAGUUACAGAGAAAAGAUGCUCUGUUAUGUUGAAUUCAAGUCUCUCAGAGAGCAGUGGUCCAUACAAGGAUGUGUUUAUUACUAGCUUUGCUGAAUUUCCUGGGUUUCUUUUGUCCGCGGCAAUUGUGGACAGAGUGGGUCGCAAGCUUUCGAUGUUGGCUAUGCUUUCUAUUUGUGGUAUAUUCUUAAUGCCACUAAUUUUUCAUCAGUCAGAAGUAUUGACAACAGCCCUUCUAUUUGGUGCUCGGAUUUGUAUCGCGGGAAGCUUCAACACGCUGUAUAUAUAUGCUCCAGAGAUAUACCCGACUUCAAUUAGGAGCACUGGUUUUGGAAUUGCAAAUUCAAUAGGAAGAAUCGGAGGGAUAGUAUGCCCACUUGUGGCUGUUGGUUUGGUUGAAGGGUGUCAUCAGAUGGAAGCUGUCCUUCUAUUUGAACUCGUUAUCUUUCUAUCGGCAAUGGCUGUCUCCUUCUUCCCUUUCGAAACCAAGGGCCGUGAGCUAAGCGACUUCUUGUGAAGUUUAUAGCAAAUAAGAUGCCUUUAUCCCUAUCUGAUCAGCUUUUAUCCAGGUUAUUGUUAGGCAAAAAAAAAAAGGUAUUUGCAGAUAAAUCUUUUGAUCAUAUUCCCCAUCGCUUGUAUCCAGAUGGAAAGGUUGAAUAUGAUAUUGUGAACUUUCAAUUAUUCACUUUAAUAAUUGUAGAGUGAUAACGUAUACAGUCAUGAUCCCUGUAUAUUUGUGUAUAAAUUAUGUAUUGCGAUUCGACGUCUGCAGGUUUCUUUUA